AUCGUGUCUGGAAUCAAGUACAUCAUGAAAGUUGAGAUUGGCCGGACAACUUGCCCCAAGCCAGCAGCUGAUCUCCAGAGCUGUGCUCUCCAUGAGGAGCCGCAGAUGGCUAAGCACACCGUUUGCGACUUCGUAGUGUACACUGUUCCUUGGCUAAACCAAAUUAAACUGCUGGAGAGUAGAUGCGAAUAA